AUGGAGCCCAUCGCUGCCUGGGAUCCGACGGCGGUGGCCGGACAUGACAGAGGACUGGAUCUGGCGUUACAAGAUUACCCAUUUGAGUCAUGGGGUCUGAAUGGGAAGGAGCUUCUUCGGCUGUCUUUCCGGGACUUAGAUGAUCUGGGCAUGAGACGUGUUGGCCAUCAGGAGCUCCUCCUGGAAGCUGUGGAACAACUCUGUGUGUUGAACUACGAGCUGUCGACGUCAAGCCUGCGGACACUCACAGAGAAGCUGCAAGGCGUUGUUCAGACAAUACAGGCUUUCAUCCUGAGCCGCAGAAAGGUCAGCACCUACAACGGAGACGCUGUUGACAGGCCUCCCUCCGACCUCCUCGCCUGCAUUGUGGAGCUCAUUGGUGCGGCCAAAGGUCUCUUCUUAUGGCUCAACAGGUAUCUCUUUUCCCACUUGCAUGACUAUUCAGCAAGCCGAGAUAUCAUUUGGCUCUGUGGAGAUCUAGCCGAGCUGGUGCAAAAGGACUGCACCGUGUCUGAGAGGGAGGAUCGGAUCCUGCUAAUUGGGAGGUACAUCUCUGGGAUCUGUGCACAAAUCUUGACUUACAGUCCAGCCGAUCUCCUGAAUCAAAGUGCUGUUUUGGAGACGGUGGAGCUCGUCCCAACAGGCCCAGAAGACAGUUUGGGCAUUGAGAUCAAGUCCUCCCCAUCCUGUCUCCAUUUCAUAUCCGGAACUGCCCCACAGUCCCUGGAUGAACUCUCCAGCAAAGUCCUCCCCGGAGAUGAAAUAGUGCAAGUCAACAAUCAGGUGGUGGUGGGCUGGACCCGGAUGAAUCUGGUGAAGAAACUUCUUGAGUCAAAUCCGGUCACUCUGGUGCUGAAGAAGGUCCCGCUUGUGUUUUUAGAGUCCUCUAGCCCCCCACCAUCGCCAGCUCAGCAACAGACACCGGCCAGUUCCUCCAGUGCUUUAGAACCCGUAAGCCCGAAGAGUGAUGACUCCCCGACAAGUUCUGCUGCCUCCCCAACUUCCAGUUUGAUGGCAGAACUGGAUGGCCGCCUGGAUUCUGUUGUAGAUCUCCCUGCUGAUGAAGAGGAGCAGGAAGGCACUGGCCCGUGGCACUCACCUGACAGUACCAGUGACCUCCAAGAGCGCCUCUCUGGGUCAGGAGCAUCAGCAGACUCUGAGCUGGAAAGGCAGGACGUGAGGCCAGAUCCAGAAGGCGGCAUGUCUCCAGAAGCCGCCACACCUUCCAAGCCCACUUCUCUGGAUCCUGGAUUGCAAGUUUCAGCAAGCCCAGGAAAUGGGUUUGUCAGAGCCGUCCGGGGCCCUGGAGCCACCGAUGAAUCCAGAGAGGGCAGUGUUGAAUAUCGGCGCAAGCAAAAAGGAACGGCCACCAGGCUCAGCCGACGGCGGAUUUCCUGCCAGGAACUGGGGCAGGUGGAUUGCGAUGGCUGGCUCUUGAAGAAGAAAGACCACGUGGGCUUCAUGGCCCAGAAGUGGAAGCGGUUCUGGUUUGUGCUGAAGGGGCAAACCCUCUACUGGUACAGCCACCCCAACGAUGAGAAGGCUGCGGGUCUAAUCAACGUAUCUGCCUACAGACUGGAAAGCACAAAGGAGCAGAAGAAGAAAUAUGUCUUCCAGUUCACGCACGAGACGUACAAGCCCUUCAUUUUUGCAGCAGAGACCCUGGCUGACCUGAGCAUGUGGGUGAGCUGUUUGAUAACCUCAAUGAUGAAACAUAAUCCAGUCCACAAGUCUGCCCCGCCCAAGCAAGAAGAUUGCUACAGUGAAACAGAAGCAGAAGACCCAGAGGAUGAUUCUCCCAGACAAAGCCUGGAGCGGCCGAAGCGAAGGGAGUUGAGGGAAGAGCAGCUGCUAACAGGUGCCACGGCGAGCAAUGAGUCUCCAAGCAAGAGCCCUCGGGACAGCCCAGCCCUGGGGUCCAAAGAGGACAAGAGCAUGCCAUCCCCAUCUCCCACAGGAGAUCCUGAAGGAGACGACCUUGAGUCACUCAUGAAGUGCCUACAACAAGGUGGAGUGUCUCUCAUUGGGAAACAGCAGGUGUUCACACGGGAAUACUACAGGAAAUCUUUUGUGAAGCGCAACAAAAACCCGGAGAUCAAUGAAAAGAUACACCUCGUCCGGACUCUUCAAAGCACACUUAAGGCAAAAACUGCCGAGCUCCAGCUUCUUGAUAUUCUCCUGGAUGACUCUGAAUUGACCUCUGAGAAAUUCAGGCAGUGGAAAGAACAGCAUCAGGAGCUCUACCAGGAAAUCCAGGCAUGGUGGGCCAAGAAAGUGAGCCAAGAGAAUGGCGCAAGAACAGACUGUGUCUCUGGCAAUAGCCCAGGGGAUCUUAUUUUGGCGGCUGCUCCAUAAAUCCUUUGUCAGCACGAUACAGUAUGUGUGCGCUGCAGGAUUCGAAGUCUCCAGGCAGUGGUGUACUUAGGUAAUUUUAGACUCUGGACUUCAUGGUCCUGUGGGGUCCCCUGCAAAAAUGAGGUAAGAUGCAUUGGGGGGGUUUCUCUUCAUUAUUUUGGAUGGGGCCCCAGACCUUUGACCCAACAUCUUGCCCUGACAACGCUGUUGGCUCUUGAGGGAAUCUCUCAUUUUGGAGAGUUCACUGGAUAACAAAGAACUUUUUGCUGAGCUGAGAGAAGAGGAAGUGAGUUCAAGGCAUGAUAAAUAUCUUGAUGUUAAAAAAAGCAAUGACAGAAAACAUUCUAAACAAUGCAAACGUGAAGCUCAGCCCAAAAACACCACGCGGCUGCUUGUGUUAUCAACAAAUGGACAUGAAAAGGUCAGCAUUCAAAGCUACUUAAGGGUGCCUUCGUUAAAGGUCUUUGAAACAUGUUUCAAGUUGAAACUCCUUCAGGUGUCCUUAACUAAGAAGAGGUACAUAAUAGUAAAUCAUUAUUUUACAUUUUUAAUGAUGGUAGGAACUGGUUUUUGGUUAAAAGACUUGGGAUAAAUAUGCAAGACUAGAUGAAAUCUUAUUAUUUGUAUUAAUAAAUGAUUGGAACAAGUUUUUUUUAACAAAAGAAAGAGUCAGGUCUGUCAUACAUUCAUUUCUAUGCUCAUGUUUACCUUAUCUUCAGAAUAACUGCUUGCAAAUGUCUUGUCAUAUAAUAUACAUCUCAUGUGACCAUAAAUUAUAAAUCUGGUGAAAUAGGGCUGAGUACAUUCAGUCUUGCCAACAGCCUUGGAUUGGAAUGCCCGUCAGUCUAGCCAGAAUAGGAAAUGGGGAGGGAUGAUGGAAGUUAUAGUCCCUCAACAGCUGGAGGGCCACAUACACUCCCAUAGAGAUGAGUCAAAGCAGUUUGUUUCCACUGUUAAAUCCACUUUCGGAUAGCAGAAUCAUCCUUUGGUCUUCUGUAGUCCUCUCUGAAAUCUAGCAUUGGCCUGAAUGGUGUUCCAUCUUUCCACUGAAACUUCUUCAGUACCAGCCCGGAC